AUACACCUCAUCACUCAACUAGUACAUGCAACGGAAAGUUUCGCCUUAGAUUUCCGAUCACAUUUGUCAGUUGUCGACAGGUUCUAGAGAGCUUCGGUGUCCGGUGUUUGGUACUUUACUAAGAGUCGAUCGCCCUAAGCGCUAAACCACUGCUGCUGGAUUUUGCUAGCGGGAUUGCACUCGAUGAGCCAUACCCCAAACAAGCCAAAGUUGCCGAUCAUCGGCUUUAACCUACCUAAUACAUUAUUGGCUUAUUUGUUGUGCAAAUGUGGUGUAUUGUUUUCAUUUUCGAUAUCUCCGAGGCACAUUUAAUUAGCAUACCACACCACACUUUGUGCAACAGGAUUAGUGGAUAGAAAGCCGUUGCAAUAAGUAAUAAGUUCGGAUACGAGUUAAUCUCAGUGCAGGCACCAUCAUCUGAACUGAUGAAAUAACGUUUUCUCAAUCGUGUGUUUUUGAAGAUCAUCGAAAAACAAUUGAACAAUUUCUAGUGAGACUUCAGUGCAAGUGACAAAUCUACCAAAAUUGGAGCAAUGGCGUCCAGCUCGGCCGAGAGUAUUAAGCUCCCGGAUUUGAUUACCAGGUGGAUGGAGGUGCAGAAGUCCCGGGCCGGAUUGGACGAUGCAAGUCCCCUGAAAAUAGAUGUCAUCGAUCUCACCCUGUUGCUUAAAUCGAUGGGUCUCAAGUUGGAGUAUUUGGACUUCCAACCGGAUCGAGCCAACAUGGAUACACUGACGGUCGAUGUGAAAUGCAACCGGUCGGGAGUUUUGGCCAGGAUGAGCUACGAUCUGGUGAACGGUUGUUCAUGUCCAGAAAAAGACGAAAAAGAAACAUCCUUCUGGACAGUACAGGCAACCGGCCCCAAGGCCUUUUCGAAGGGCAACACUAAUACGUCGUCCAAUUUAUUGCCCGAGGUGUCUGAAAAUUGUUCUCGUGUGUCCAAAGCCAUGCUUUCUAACCUUCUUGACUACUACAGGAGUAGUAUGAAAACGAUCGAGCGCGGUGAAGAUGUUGUCCAUUCGCCGUUAAAAGUUCCAUCACCGAAAAUUUGUGUCACUAGUCCUGGAAUGACCGUUAGCUCACCAUUUGCCACUCCUCCGGCCGAAGGGAAGUUUAUGUCUCGUAUAGGAGAUGUUUCCAUCAAGAUUGAUCCCUCUUUGAGUCCGAUGAAGCCGAAAUCUCCCGCUAGUCAGAUGAAAUGUGAGGAAGAUCAUACUGAUAGUACCAAAUCGAACAGUCCGAAUAUGAGUGAAGCUAUUCAAAAUGCAACAAGGGAACUUUCGAAGAGUGAAACGGAUCUUCGAUCUACCAAAGUGGAACUGUUCCAAGAUGUUCCCCAGGUCAGUGUUAUCCCGGAUGACAACUCUUUCGCCAACAGUGAGGAAAUGAAAGCCAUCAUCACAUCGAGUCCCAACGAUAAGAACUUUGAAGCUCAACUGAACAUCGAGCAGAGCAGGGAACGUGAUCUUAACAUUAUCCACUGCCUGCAACAAGCACGGCAGCAAAUCGAUGCUGCCCUCCUGGUCGUGAAACUAAACAACGCCUGUCCGCGGGAUUUGGUCCUAUCGCCAGCAUCAUCGGUAGUCAUCACAACGCCUCAAACGGUUAUCCGUAAGAAAAUAUUUUCUAUUGACAAGAAUCCAUCGCUGGGAGCUCUUGGGCGCAGGAUGUCACUGCCAGGUCGCCCAUCGGAAUCGCCGAAAAUGCUCAACACAGCCUCUACUGGGAAACCUCAACUAGGACCCCCCAGAAAAAAGCCGAUAGGAACGUCUCAGCUGGCAUCAAUGAAGACUGCGGCACCGGUUUCUCGCGGUGACACCCCUAGACCCACCGGAACACAGCUAAAAGCGGCUGUAGGCCUAAGGAAGACCAGCUCCAUCACUUCCUUAACAGGAAUAAACGGUGCCACUGCGACUGGCAGCGUUAAAGCAUCGUCCGGUUCAACCAAUAUCAUAAAAAGAACUACCGGAACAGGAUCCAAGCCAUUGGUAGGGGUGCGACAAUCUUCCAACACUGGUGCCAAACUUGGAAGUGGUCAGCUGAUUAAAAGUUCCAGUUCGACCGGCGAUAAAAAGUGAUUUAGUCUUCUCUUGUAGUUUUUUUUCCAAAUGUUUAAUUUCUUUUAUGUAAUGUUUUAUUUUUCCUUUUUCGUAACUAAUUCCUUGUUGCCAUAUACAAAAAUAUUUAUUCACAACGUUUAACAAAACUUAAAGAGUAUUAAAAAGGUAAAAUACAAUACUAUUGCAAUUAAAAUACUCAUUAAACAUGGCAAUUUUGUUGUUUGAAAGCUGAUUUUUCUUUCUGAGUGACAGACCUUUGAAUAAUUCUU